AGCUCAUCCAGGCUUGACGGUUUAACACGCAUAGCUAAACGGCUUGAGGUACCGUAGCUGAUCAAGUGGAGCUGGCAACUAGUUGUUCUUUAAGUGCUAAGCCCUACACUCGAAAGAUGCUCCUCUGCUCUCAUCUGCAAGCUGGGACUCUGCUCACGAUUCUGCUCUCUGUGGCACACGGAAGCUUUUUGCCCGGCUCCUUUAAUUUGACCCUGUACAGACAGAUGCCCGCUCUCUAUCAGGUGGAUGACUACGACCUCUGCUUGGACAAUACCUCUGGCAGCUACUGCAUGGUUUAUGUGGAGAUUGAGCCCAAUGCUAGUUCCACUUUGUGGCACCUUAUCGACACUGUGUCGCGUGAUUCAAAGCAUCGUUUCCGCCACGAUGUGGUCCUCCGGGGCGUGUGUCUGGAGCACUGCAUACGCACUCUCAACGACUCAUCUGGAGCUCUUGAGCGCUACGAGGGAAGAGGUGUGCAGGACGAACAGUUGAGCACAUAUUUCAUGAUGGUGCACCGGCGGCCAGCAGACGCAGAUGACCGUCGGCUUUACAGUGAAUUGGUCAACAGCUGCCUAAAUCUUGAAUUUAGUCAGAAGUUUUCGCUCCGGGUUAGCAGCCAGAUCGAGUAUUGUGUGUCAGCGGAUAAUCAUUUGGAGCUGGAUACCCUUGAUCUGGUUGCUUACACUGUCGGGAUCGCCAUCGUCUUGCUUGCGUUGUGCUCAUCCACCUAUGAUUAUUGUAUAAGUAAUGCCGACUCUCGUCAGCCACCCGAUAAUUUUUAUAGGAAGCCUCCAAAGAGUCGCAAGCAGCAGCUUCUUACGUCAUUUUCGCUUGCCCGGAAUUACUACCGACUUACCGAGCCCCAUACCACCGAUUUCGCUAGGGAUUUAAGUUUUUUCGACGGUUUCCGAACGAUCGGGGUAGUCCUCGUUAUCCUGGCCCACACUCUGAUGGUUUUCAUGACUGCCGCUAUUGAGAAUCCCGAGUACUACGAGCAGUUCAUUUACUCGUUUUGGUCAUCGGUUACUCAGAACGGCCAUGUUGCCAUCCAAAUAUUUUUCGUGAUGAGCGGUUUCCUACUUUACGUGGACUUUACCAAACGCCAACUGGUCAACCCGAAGUCAGACACUCUUGAGUGCAUCGCGGUAUACUUUCGGUUAUUCUUUUACAGAUACUUUAGGCUCAUCCCGUCAGUCCUCGCCCUGAUUCUGUUCAACGGUACGGUUUUGGUUCGCCUGCAGGACGGACCGUUUUGGCGGCACUUAACCGAACCCGAACGGGUGUUUUGUCGGACUAAGUGGUGGAAGAACGUCUUCUUUGUGACCAACCAUAUGAUGGAGCACAGUUGCUCUCACCAGACCUGGUAUUUGGGGGCGGAUAUGCAGCUAUUCGAGCUAUUCCUUAUCGUGCUAGUCAUAAGCAAAAAACACCCGCGGCUGGUCAAACCCAUAUACGUAACCCUGAUGACACUUGCAGUAGGUGUUCCCGCCAUAUUGACCUACGCUCUUAAAUUAGAAGCUGUCUACCAUAUUAGUCCAGAGACAUACCGCUUCUUGUUCUUCCGGCACGCGGACACCUUUAUCCAGAUGUAUCCGACCUUCUACACGAAUCUAAGUGGCUACCUAUUGGGUUUCGUGUGUGGUCACCUCUACCUGAGCCAGCGCUCUAAGGCGGCCGUCCUUCGGGGACAACUGAAAUAUGAGCUGGCCAUGUGGCUACUGGUACCGGCGGCGCUGUUAAUACUCUUCUCCGGCUAUACAUUCAUCUACUAUGACUUUGCCAAGCCCUCGAUCUGGCUGGCUGUAUACGCAGGACUCUACAAGAACCUGUGGGUGCUGAUCUGCGCGGGAUUCGUUUUCCUUAUGUGCUGUAAGGUGGGAGGAAUCACCUACGCCUUCUGUACCUUGCCGGUGUUCCGGCCGCUGGCAAGGAUCUCCUUUCAGGCCUAUCUGUGGCACCUGGUCGUCUUGCGCGUGGUUACGGGAUACUUAAGGCAGCCGACCCAUGUGUCCACCGUGUUCUUGAUUUGCCAUGUAAUAAGUGCACUUGUUCUGUCGCUAUUUGUGGCGUUUUUGAUGGCUCUGCUGCUGGAAUACCCUCUCGGAGAGGUUCUGCGCUGCAUGUUGAAGCCGCGGACAAUUAAAAAGGAUAUCAAAACGGAAAUUCAAAUGGCAGGCGCCCAGUCAGCUGCUUAGAGUGGCCGUAUUCCACUGUAGGGUGAUUCAAUGCAACGCGUUAAGGCAUUCACAAGGAACAACCAGUGCGGGGAAAACAUUUUUCUAGUAUACUAAAAUUAAGUAUUCAUAAUGAUUUAAAUAAUGUUUGAUAAAACUGUAGUGUUAAAUGGUAAUGCGAAUAGAAUAAAAAAAUUUUUGCUAA